CGUGUAUAGUAUAUAUACAUAUAUAUCAUCAUAGAAAUUUUGCUUCUUCGAUCUGUGUAAGUUAAUUUACUUCUUCAAUUUUAAUUCAAUAGUAAUUCUCCCUUUCUUUUUUUCCAAUUUUCGCCGUUUUUUGAUUUUCGGGCAAAUAAGAUCAGGCGAAAAUUUUAGAUCUUUUCCGAUUUUGCCCUUGAAUUUCGUUACAGAAAUUGUUGUUUUUUCUGUAAUUAAUUGAAGUUUUGAGGUCCGAUCUGGUAGUUAAUUAGCUCAAUUUUUGUAGUUUAAUUAGAGAAUUUAUUUAGGGUUAGGGAUUUUAAUUGUGUUAGUUAAAUGGCUUCUAAUCCUCCAUUUAUAGUGGAGGAUCAAACGGAUGAGGAUUUUUUUGAUAAAUUGGUUAAUGAUGAUGACGAUGAUGUUGUUACGGGCUUUAAGUUAACGGGCUCGGGUUCGGGAUUUAGCCCGGGCCCGUUAACGAGCUCGGUGUGCGUUGAUGGGAAUGAAUCUGAUGAGGUUAAAGGUUUCGGUGAUUUGAGUAUAAGUGAUGAUACUGAGAAAGUAGGUAAUGGCGUUGGUAGUAAUGUGAAUUCGGAGUUGGUAGUUAAGGGAAAUGGAGAGCAGAGUAGUGGUAAGAUAACGGGCUCGGUAACGGGCUUGGGCCCGAAUGAGUGUAAUGAAGUUAAAGCUUUUGCUGAUCUUAGUAUAAGUGAUGAUGCGAAUAGUGGAGUUGAUAGCAAUGCUAAACCGGGUGAUAGUAGCGGUAAUUUGGAGUCUGAGGUAAAUGCUGGUAAGACGGAGAGUCAUGCGAGUGGAACGAGUAGUUCGGGUGUGAAGGAAGUUGGAUGGAGCGCAUUUAAUGCUGAUCUGGUUACGAAUGAUGGUUCGGGGUUUGGAUCUUAUAUGGAUUUUUUCAGUGAAUUGGGGGAUAGUAAUAAUAACGGUGAUGCAACAGGGAAAGCUGUUUUGCCAGCUGAACAGGUUCAUGAAACAACGUAUGUGGAGAAUACUAGUUCGUUAACACAAGGUCAAGAUGGUUACGGACAGCAUGAUGCUACGACGGAGCUAGUUGUAGAUGGACAGGAUGUAAAUAGUAGUCAGUAUUGGGAGAAUCUUUAUCCAGGAUGGAAGUAUGAUGCGAGUACGGGGCAGUGGUAUCAGGUGGAUGGUUAUGAAUCGGGAGGUAAUGUACAAGGAA